CGCAGAGAUUCUUCCUUCUCAUUUAUUUGGGGACGUGAAGAAAAGGUCCAAGCUUCGAGAGGAAGAGAGAGGUUAUGGUCGAUUGAUUCUGAUACUUCCUCAACAAGCGUUACUGCAAAGAAAAGGCAAGCAUGGCUGUUUCUCCAUGUUCCAGCGGCACCGUUCAGAAGAAACACUGGUGGAUUACCAAUAGAAAGCUUGUAGAUAAGUACAUUAAGGAUGCCAGGUGCCUUAUCUCUACGCAAGAACCAAACGACAUCGCUUCGGCCCUCGUUCUUCUUGAUGCAGCGUUGGCUCUCUCGCCUCGUUCCGAGAUCGCUCUGGAACUCAAAGCGAGAUCUCUGCUCUGUCUGAGACGAUUCUGGGACGUUGCUGACAUGCUUCAAGAUUUUAUUCCCAGUCUCAACAUGUCGAGUGAGGACUCGGGCUCGAUUUACUCGGAUAACUCGUCUCAGAUGUUUUCAAGGGAGCGAGUCAAGCUUCUCGCUUCUAGUAACUCGUCCUCUGACUCACCGGGUCGUGACUCAUCUUUCAAGUGUUUCCCUGUCUCGGACUUGAAGAAGAAGGUCAUGGCUGGGUUGCGUAAAAAUUGCGAGAAAGAAGGGAACUGGAGGUACUUGAUUCUCGGCCAAGCAUGUUGCCAUCUAGGCUUAAUGGAGGACGCCAUGAUUCUGCUACAAACCGGCAAACGCCUAGCCUCAGCCGCGUUCCGCCGCGAAAGCAUUUGCUGGUCCGAUGACAAUUUCUCCUUCCCCGCCAUUAUCACUACAGCCGAUGUCUCCUCUACUGCAACGCCACCACCACGCAAUGCCACCUCUGUCUCCCAGUCCGAAAACAUUUCCAGCCUUCUAUCCCACAUCAAGCUCCUCGUCCGCCGUCGAACUGCCGCCAUCGCCUCCUUGGAUGCCGGUCUAUACUCCGAAGCCAUUCGCCAUUUCUCUAAAAUUGUCGAUGGUCGCCGCCAUGCCCCUCAGGGGUUCCUUGCAGAAUGUUACAUGAAUCGAGCCACGGCCUACAAGGCCUCGGGUCGCAUAGCGGAUUCAAUUUCGGAUUGUAACAAGACCCUUGCUCUGGACCCUACUUCCAUUCAAGCACUUGAAACCAGGGCCUCACUUUUGGAAACCAUAAGGUGUUUGCCCGACUGUUUACACGACCUUGAACACUUGAAAAUCCUUUACAAUUCCAUACUGCGAGAUAGGAAGCUUCCAGGUCCUGCCUUGAAACGUCGCGACGUAAGUUACAGGGAGAUUCCGGGGAAGCUUUGCGCAUUAACGGCUAAAAUUCAACGGUUGAAGCAAAGGGUUGCUUCUGGUGAGACUGCAAAUGUUGAUUACUAUGCACUGAUUGGUUUGAAGCGUGGAUGCUCAAGGUCUGAAUUAGAGAGGGCACAUUUGCUGCUAUGUUUAAGGCACAAGCAGGAUAAAGCUAUUAGCUUCAUUGAUCGAUGUGAGCUGACCGAUGAGCGUGACCUCGAUCCGGUUAAAGACAGAGCCAAGAUGUCGGCUUCACUUCUUUGUAGAUUGCUUCAGAAGGGCUAUUUGAGCGUGAUGGCUACUAUUAUGGAUGAAGAAGCGGCUAAGAAGCAAAGGAAGAAAGCUGCAGCUGCUUUACAAGCAGCACAGGCUGCAAUCCAGGUGCAGCAAUCCCAGUAUUCGACUUCCAAAUCGGAACCUGGAAAUAGUCACGUUUCUUCGACAAAUUUCUCGGAUUUUUCGGGUUGCAAAGAUGGGGUCAAUUCGAGUGAAAACAAAGCAGCAAUAACAACUACAUCCAAUGCAAAUGCGUUUCAAGGUGUAUUUUGCAGGGAUCUUGCUGCAGUUGGGAAUCUGCUAUCACAAGCCGGGUUUAAUCGUCCAAUUUCAGUGAAGUACGAGGCACUGAGCUGCUGAAUUUUCCUGGAAAUCAAUGUCAGGUCAUUUAUAAAUAGCUUCUCGUGAUGUUUCCAGGCAGAGUUCAUUUUCUCUGUUUGUAAAGAAAAGAUCCUUUUUUUUUUCUCCGCCGGAAAAUUUUGUCACCCCUACUACACGUACAGUAUUUUUCACCAUUGAAUUUCUACCUUUUGUU